AUGGCUGCUGUUGCCCACCCGACCCGGCCGCAUAUACGACGGAACUCUCCAUUGUCAACAUAUCACCCAUCACAUGGCUUUCAGGAUGCGCCAUUGAAGAGCUAUGGUGUGGGCGACGACAGCGAUUCAGACGACGAGCCGCCGCCGGCGAUCAAGUUCUCCAAGGUCACUCAGGCAUUGUUGGCGGAUGGGGGUUUGCCUUCGUCGCCAGCCAAACAUGAAUACGCAAGCGAUGCACCUCGCUUCAAUCGAUCUACGAGCGCCGGGACUGCUGGACUGGAUACACCUAGUAGGGCACCAGGAAUCAGAAUCAUCCGGAGAAGCUCUCCAAAUGCACCGUCAAGUGCUGGGCAGAACGAACGAGGGCAUACUCCACCCCGUAUUGUACAUCUCCCAUCGAAGAGCCAUAGCGCCGCGAAACGAUCCAUCAGCAUAUCAGGACCGUACCCGCAGACGCGCGUUAGGACGAGGCAUCCUACGCCCGAAACGAGCAGCAAUGCGCAGAUGGUGACACCAGGUCAGCCUCGAGCCGUCCGUGUUGUCACGCGUUCUCGCGCCAACAGUAAUGCAUCACACGACGGUGAUGGUUCGCACUUGGUCAAUUCUGUGAGCAGGCCUGCAUCACGAAAUGAUGCCGGUGCUGUGCCAGGCAGUAAUGACAGAAGGCCUCCACUUAGUCGGAGUGGUUCACAACAGCAAUUACCAGAGACAGUAUCACGAUACGGCAGCUCUACUAUUGCACGGUCUCGCAACGGAUCAGCUGAAGCGGCGCCGCCCGGGUCUCACAGAGUCAAGCGAGCUCAAAUUGGCACCGGCACAUUCUUGAAGAGUGGUCCCAUCAGGCGCGCUCCACGGCGUCGAGACAGCGAAGAGCAUGUCUCUGCGAAUGAGGAUGCACCGAACGCUGGGUCUAGCCAACCGAGUGCUUCCAGCUACACGCCAGGAUCAUCACAGCCUGAAGGAGGGCGAAGCAGGAGUGGCAGUGGUAAUACACGAGCCACCUCAGUCGAGCCCGAACCGGUAUCAGUGCACGAUUUUGCUCGUCAGAACGCUGCUGCAUAUUCGAGACCACCUUCACGACAAGCUGAGUCUCAUCUUUCGAGAAGUCAAGUGGGUUACGACUCACGACCAGCUUCACGACAGACCAGUCGGGAGCAUCUAAGGACUCGGCAGCCAAGUGUGGAACAGUAUCAAAGUCGCAGACAAAACAGUGUGCAGCCAGAGGAUGUGCACGUCGAGCAGCGGCAAAGACAGGCCAGUGUAGAGCCAAGCUACUCGCGUCCUGUUCAUGAGCAGAAGCCACCGCCACGAGUACAAAAUAUGGGUCGCGCAGCGUAUCGAUACGUACCAUCAAACAGGGCGGGUCCUCAAGAGGACCAGGAAAACUUGCCGCCGCCGACUUUCAAGCGCAACCGCGAUCAGGACUUCAAGUAUCUCGGAAAGACAUCGAUGAACGUGUUGUCUGAUGAUGAAAAGCCAAAGCCAAGGAUGGUCGACGAGACACCGGUUCCCGUGCCUCAGCAAGAACAGCGAAAGGUGCUGGGAGCCAUCAGUGGCAACACACCACACCGACCUGCACCUGCUGCACCGCCAAAGAUGAGCGUGCUGGAUGCCGCAACUACCACUGCAGGAGCGGGCACGACUAAGUCACGUAAGAAGCGAAUGCACAUGGUCGUCAAUGGCAAGAUCUUCACUCAGAUGGGCAAGAUUGGUAAGGGAGGGUCAAGUGAUGUUUACCAGGUCAUGGCGGAAAACUAUAAGACGUUUGCCUUGAAACGGGUGAAGCUCGACGACUGCGAUGAAAGUGCCGUUCGCGGGUACAAGGGCGAGAUUGAUCUGCUCAAGUCGCUGGCUGAGGUUGAUCGUGUCGUGCGCCUAUUCGACUUCGAGCUCAACAACGAUAAGCAAGAAUUGUUAGUCUUGAUGGAGAAAGGCGAGUCGGAUCUGAAUAGACUUCUCACCCUUCGCCUGAACGGUGUGGAAGCCAAGUUCGACAGCGCCUUCACCCGCUUCUACUGGAAAGAGAUGCUGGAGUGUGUGCAAGCUGUCCAUGAGCAUGACAUCGUGCACUCCGACCUGAAGCCUGCCAACUUCCUUCUCGUUCAAGGACGGCUGAAGCUGAUCGACUUUGGCAUUGCGAAUGCCAUCGACACGGACAAUACUUGCAACGUACACCGAGAUUCCCACGUCGGCACGCCGAAUUACAUGUCCCCGGAAAGCAUUACAGACACCAAUGCUGGCUCCGGCAAGGACGAAGCUGGACGACCACUGAAGAAAGACAUGAGAAUUGGAAAGUCGUCCGAUGUGUGGAGUCUGGGCUGUAUCCUGUACCAGAUGACUUACGGAAGACCACCCUUCGCCCAUAUCCCGAACCCGAUCCCGCGAAUCAUGGCGAUUUGUAAUCCAAAGAUCGAGAUUGAAUAUCCAGAAUUCGGAGUUGGCGGCGUCAAAGUUGCCGCAUCUUUGAAGCUCACAUUAAGGCGAUGCUUGAACCGCAACCCGGAGAAAAGAGCCACAAUCGAGUCCCUACUGUCCGACUCGGACCCUUAUAUGAACCCAGAAGGCUCGGCGGAUCAAAUCCUCAUGACCGAGGACCUUCUUGGACAGAUCUUGAACAAGGUCCUAGAUCGAUGCAGAGAUCCCAAACGUGGUAUUCCACCACCUGAAGAGGCUCAACAGUAUCCUAAGAGCUUCUUUGACCGCAUUCGGGCCAUGCAGGAAGGAUUAUGA